AUGGUCGCUGUCAAAACUUACGAAUUAAGAACAAAAUCAAAAGAUCAAUUAGAAUUACAAUUAGUUGAAUUAAAAAAAGAAUUAGCUAAUUUAAAAGUUCAAAAAUUACAAAGACCAAGUUUACCAAAAAUUCAUGUAGUUAGAAAAAAUAUUGCAAGAGUUUUAACUAUUAUAAAUUUAAAUCAAAGAGAAAAUGUUAAACAAUUUUAUCAAGGUAAAAAAUAUCAACCAAAAGAUUUAAGAGCUAAAAAAACAAGAGCAAUAAGAAGAAAAUUAACUAAAUUUGAAGCUUCACAAGAAACUGAUAAAGCAAGAAAAGCAAGAAUUUCAAAUCCACAAAGAAAAUAUGCUAUUAAAGCUUAA